AAUUUCUUUAACCUUUAAAAGUUAAUAUAUUUAAAGGUAAGCAGAUGAAUGAGAAUAUUUUUAUACAGGAACAAGUCCAGAGAUCGGAUUCAUAUGAUUCAUUUAAUAGCCGAGGGUUCUUUAAUUUAAGUUCUAACCAGAUAUUAAAAGAAGAUGGAUCUAGUAGUAUUUCAGAGAUUUUUGUAAAACAAAAAAGUUAUACAUUUUUCCCUUUGAAUGGGAUUAAAGAAGGAUCAUCAGCGUUAUUUUCUAUAUAUUCAUCACUUUUAGAAGAACCAGAAACUCCUAAAGUUUUUUAUAAAGAAAAAAAAGGCAAAAAAUCAUGUAAAUUAUCACAAAUUAUUAAAAGAUUUUUAAUGUUUCUUGUCAAAAUGACAUGUCUAUAUGUAUGGGGACAUGUUGUUUCUAUUUUAAUAUUUCAUAUUCAAACGAAAGAAAAUAAUACAACGCCAUAUAAAUUUGAAAUUAUUUCUCAUAUUCCGUAUUUUCGUAUUUUAUACGGUAUUGGGAUGGUAUUUUUUGGUCUUUUGACACCAGUUGUAGAGUUUUUAAUGUAUAAAUUUGGAUUUACAAAAACGUUAAAAAAAGCAUGCUAUAUAGAGAUUCCAAGGUCGAAAUAUAUAGAGAUCUUUGAGAUUAUACGUAUUUUUAGUACGUUUAUGGGUAUUGUUUGUGCAUUUGCUAAAUUAUCAUGGGCUUUGGAUGUUAAAGCAUCAUUAUUUUUAUUUUUUAUUGGUUUUUCUAUGUGGUUUAUUUUUGACCGUGCACAAACUGGAUUUUUUCUUUCAAGUAUAAUGUCUAUUUUAUUUACUAUAAUUAUAUCUUUUACUUCUGAUAUAUUUAAGAACGAGGAUUUGAUGGGAAAAGAAGUAUUUGGUAUUAGAUCAUGGAUAUUAGGAUUUUUUUUUUCAAGUUGUAUAGCUGCUGGCAAUAUUGGAAGAAGAUUAUUUAGAUCUAUCUGAAAAUUUAUAAUCAAAAACCACUAAAAUACCCGACCAAGACAAGG